AUGGCUCUUGACGUUGAUAAAAUUCUUAGUUUCCUUUUCCAACUACUUGUUGGCAUACAAUUAAUAACUGUAGCUGUUCUAUAUGUUAAAGUACUUCCAUUCCCUGACCCUCCCCCACAAAAAAUAUCCAAUCUUACCGGUUUACCAACAUGGAUUGCUGAUUCUCCUCAUUUUACUGCUAUAAACGAAAGUGUUGGUGUGGUUGAAUAUGUUGCUGCCUUCAUCACUGGUGUUCUUGCGACUAUUUGUGUUUACAUUAAAGUCCGUAAGAAACCUCCUACUCAAACGCCUGUCGAUGAACAACCUAUAGGCAACCGGCCAGUUGCCGAAGAAAUCAUUUGGACAAAAUUACUUUUCAAUACUAUCGUCACUGGUUACAUAAUUGUCACUUUUAUAGCUUUGGUUGCUGGUGCUGUAUUUGAAAUAGGAAAACUAUGGUCUGCUUUUGGAAUCUAUCAUAAUGUUUUAGAACUUUGUCUUGCCGCUGCCUUAUUACAGAGAGAGAAAGGAACAUUUAACUAUAUCGUUGGCCUUAUAAUCAUAGUAGUAUAUUCAAUUUCUGUUGUUGCAAUCACCAGUCAGUUAGAAUGGUAUUGGGAU